AUCUGGAAGCGAGAGCAUCAGGAUGGAAUUAUUAAAAUCCAAAGAAAUACUUUUGUGCGCAGAACCCACAGAACAGGGAAUUGCAUUAGUGAACUUUCUCAUCCACGAGCAGAGCGUUAAGGCCUUGACCGUAGUAUGUACGGAAUCCACGAGAUUGCGAGAUGCGGUGGGAGAUGAUGAGCGACUAACGGUGCUGACGGCGGAUGCUGGGAAUUUAUCCCAAAUGGAAGGGGUUUACGCGAAUGUAGUGAAGGGCGUCAAGAAGAAAUUGGAUCUGAUCAUCAACCACAAAUCGAUACGAUGCGGUGACGAGGAUUGGGAGGACCAAAUUACCAGACACAUCAACUCGUUAAUAUCGAGCACACUGCUAUGCAUCAAGCAUUUGGGGAAAAUGAACUCGGGCCCUGGGGGUCUGGUGAUCAAUUCGGUGACGAUCGAGCAAGAAGUCGAUGGUAACGAGGAAGCGACAUCGAGCAUUCGUAAUUUGUUAAUGGACCUCGAUAAAUCGUUCGGGGAUCCGUACUACUUCCGGUCCACCGGGGUGCAAAUUCUAACGACGUGCUCAAAGAUGAUUGAUGAACGGGCACUGGGGGUCUGCUCCACAUCCGGGGCAGCCUCCGCCUCCAGAUGCAACGAUCGGGGCGUCGGAGAGUCCCUAUUAAGGGCGAUACGGGACCGACGGAGCGAUUUAGGAAAUGUGGAGGAAUUUCAAAUUUCCGUCGAGGAUUGAAACCAGCUUCCACGAUACGUACACAUGCAAACCAUGAAUAAAAAAAAAAGGAAAAGACACACACACAAACACAAAAUGCAUAAGGUAUAUUGUAUAAUUCGAAUAUGAACAAAGAUGGACGAAAGCGAACAGAAACAACUCACAAAAGAAAACAUAUAAA